ACACGUGUGUUAUCCCUAAACGCCGCUCUCCGUAUAUCAUCAAACUACAACACCCAAGAUUCAUCGCGGGGAGCUUGGGAAGCAGUUCUCGGCUUGCUCGGACGCGGAGCUGCUCCAUUUGCACCCCACAGCGGGAUUGGGAAUGCGUCAAGCCGCUGGAUAAGCAUUUUUAAACAACGAGGAAACACUGCGUGGCAUUUCUUUUCACUUUUAUUUUUUAGACGGGAUCUUUCAGUAUGGGGAAUGGCAUCAAUAAGGUCCUGCCUGACUUGUACUUGGGGAAUUUCAAAGAUGCAAGAGACCGAGAACAGUUAGCCAGAAACAACAUCACACACAUCCUGUCCAUUCAUGACAGUGCAGCUCCCAUCCUCCAGGAGAUGACCUAUCUCUGCAUUUCAGCAGCUGACCUGCCCACACAAAACCUGACUCAGCACUUUAAACAAAGUAUAAUGUUCAUGCACGAGUCCCGCCUCAAAGGAGAAGGCUGCCUCGUUCACUGUUUGGCAGGUGUGUCCCGCAGUGUCACCCUAGUGGUGGCUUACAUCAUGACGGUGACAAGACUGGGCUGGCAGGAGGCGCUGGCUGCGGUGAGGGUGGUCCGGCCCUGUGCUGGCCCCAACCUGGGCUUUCAGCGCCAGCUCCAAGAGUUUGAGGCUACUCAAGCUGAUCAGUUCAGAGAAUGGCUACAGAAGGAAUAUAAGGACAACCCCUUCAAUGAUGAGGCUGAUCUACGUGACUUGCUUGCCAGGAUGUCUAAAGUCAAUGGUGAACGGGUGGAAAAACAGGCAUCUACCCCAACUGGAGGUUUCUAAUCAGAUCUUUUGAAUAAAGAUAUUUUGCUGCUCAGCCUGGAGGAUUACACCAGCGUGUGAUGCUACAGUAUUCUGGACCUAUCUGGAAGUCUAAUGGGCUUUGGAGUGGACUAUUAUCAGGAUGUUUAUCGCUGUUGGAGUGAUCCUCUAAAUGCCAUAUAUGAACACUGGAAGAGACAAUUAACAUGCACAGACAUGCACAUGUAUACAUUUUUAGCUCUGGUUGAUGUUUGUGGUGCUGUGUUUUUUUCUAAUUUAUGAUUGUUGUGGGUUUUUUUGGCAUUGUUUCAUGAUGAUUUCAAAUUGUGAACUAAAAGGAGUAAAGUCAA